AUGUCAUAUGUCAGUUGUCUAAGUUGUCGCUGAAAAUUAUAUGUAAUGAAGCAAACAUAUUUUUCUUUAUAUAACAAUAAAAUAUUUAAACUUCAUGAAAGUAAUCAUUAUUUGAAUGCAAGAAAGCUCUUCCAAGUAAUAAUCAAACACAAGACUGCCGUAACGGCUUAGGGCUUAACGCCUCCGGAAUCUAAAAUUACUUCGACUUCCAGCCCUCCUCUACCCAGGGCUCCUAACCUGGAGGUGCAGGUAAAGCCCGUUAAAAGAUCAAGAAUCCCUGGUUGUACGCCCACCGAACAAUGAGUUGGCUCAAAACCCAUAAAAAUGCAUCCAAAGUAAGUUCCGGUGCUAGAUACGGUAAAUCGGUGGGACGAUCGAAUCCGCAGCUAGCCGUCAGUCGAGCGAGACAACUCGAUACCGGCCUCACGGAAGAACAGCUACUGAAUUUCAUUAACGCGGUGAUUGUGGUCAUCAUGCGGGUCUUCAUUCGACAGUGAAACAAGCUACCGAAGUUUCUCACUCUUAAACUGGUUAUUAUUAAUUCGGCAAAAGGUACAAGCCAAAUGGCCUGAUCGGUUUUGGGACACGACGGACCUAUUAGAAGCUUAUCCCAUUAUUCUACUAUUAACUGUGAAGAAGACUAUGAUUUGCUCUUAUUAUUAUUACAAAUACAAAACUGAAAGACGAUUACCUAUUAAGGAUUUAUAUUUAACUAGAUGUCAAGAAGGAUCAUUUUCGCUAUUAGUAAAGAAGCACCUGAUGUUUGAUGACAAUAUAUUCAGAAAGAAUUUUCGGCUCAAUAAAACACAGUUUGAUUACAUAUUAAAUUUAAUGAAAAAAAAACAAUGCAAGAAAAGGGAAGAAUAUCAGUGAAAGAAAAAUUAGCACUAGCUUUAAGAUUCAUGGCACCUGAAGAAACAUGCUUCGCUAUCAUUCGAAUUUCACAAAUAGUCAAAGAGGUGUUAAAACAUUUAAAGACUGUUUUGGUGCCAAUUUUUAUGCCUAUUCCAAAAGAAAGUGAUUUUAGGCUUAUAUCUGAAGGAUUUUGGGACAAAUGGCAAUUCCCCAAUUGCACAGGUGCUAUUGAUGGGAAGCACGUAAGAAUAAGAGCCCCUGAAAAUAGUGGGUCGUUGUAUUUUAAUUAUAAGGAGUAUUACUCAAUUGUUCUUCUGGCUAUUGUAGAUCAUAAUUACAAGUUCAUUGCAGUAGAUGUUGGCCCUUAUAGCAAAGAAGGAGAUAGUGGAAUAUUACAAAAGUCUACAAUGGAAAAACAAAUCAUGAAAAACGAAUUUAAUUUUCCAGAACCAAAAAAUCUACCAAAUUCGAACAUAAUAUUACCCCAUUUUUUAGAUGGAGAUGAAAUUUUGUUUCAUUACGGGGAACAGGAGGGUUUUCGAACAGCAACAGACUUGAUAUUAGAGUAAAAUUAACCAAUUACUUCACGUCACACCAAGGAGCAGUAGACUGGCAAGAACAAUUUGUCACACGGCCUGUUUGAGAUGAUUCCAUACCUUAUUUUUGUUAUAUGUUUCUUUCCAAAUAUUAAUUUUAUGCAAAAUAAAUAAAAUAAGAAUAA